AAUUUCAUACCUUUGUUGGAUGUCUGUCCUCCUUUUUCUCCAUAUUGAUGACUAGAGCUUGUAAAGGCAAUCGCAUUAUCGAGGGCUUCUGGUCCGCAGUUACGUCUCAAGUCUCACUGCAGAAGGAUGGACCGAUGGAAAGGAAAAGUGGCCGUAGUAACUGGUGCCAGCGCCGGAAUUGGUGCAGCAAUCGCACGAAAUCUUGUUAAACAAGGUAUGAUAGUGGCAGGCUUCGCGAGGAGAGUGGAACAAAUUAAGGAAAUCGCUGAUAGUUUGAAAGAUUCCUCGGGCAAACUCCAUCCUGUGGAAUGCGAUGUCACUAAGGAAGAAAGCGUAACCGUGGCUUUCGUGUGGGUAAAGGAUAAUCUUGGACCGAUAAGCGUUCUCGUUAACAGUGCUGGUAUCACCAAAGAGUCUUCGCUCAUAGAUGGUACUUUGGAAGAUUGGCGAUCCGUGUUCGACGUGAAUGUUCUCGGACUCUGUCUCUGCACACGCGAGGCUGUACGCAUGAUGCGCGAGACGGCGGCUGAAGAUGCCAUAGUGAUUCACGUGAAUAGUUUGGCUGCCGAGAGGGUGCCCUUCGUUCCAGGAUUCAGUGUAUAUCCGGCGUCAAAACGUGCUCUUACCGGCCUGGCUAUGACUUUGCGACACGAGCUUGCGGGCACGCGUAUACGUGUCACAAACAUUAGUCCCGGUUUGGUUGCAACGGAAUUCAUGGCUUCCUACAGCAUGUUCUCUCCGGAAGCAAUAGCAGCGAUGCCAAUUUUGAAUCCGGACGACGUCGCAGCGGCAGCAAUCUAUGUGUUAUCUAAUCCUCCUCACGUGUUGGUACGUCGCACAUACGUCUUUAGACAAUCUAGACAUUGUCCUUUCUUAUUAUACAAAAUAAAACUUAAAUAAAAUUUAAUAAAAAUAAUAUUUUCUUCCGGUAGAUACAAGAUGUCGUGUUGAGACCUCUGGGCGAAUCAUGGUAACCGAUUUUCAAGGCGACCAAAUAUGAAACGUUGAAUGUAAU